AUGGCGACUCUUGACGAGACAUUCGGGACUGCCACUCGCGGCCGACGAAGAUCUCACCAUGCUUGCUUGACCUGCAGGAGGAAGAAAACGCGAUGUCCCGCCGAAAAGCCGGCCUGUUCAAGCUGCCUCCGGCUGAACCAGCCAUGUUCCUAUCCACCAGCGGCCAAAGUGCCACAAAGCGGUCGAUCGGAAGAGAGACUGGCACACCUGGAGGAGAAACUAGACCUUCUCCUGACUGGGAGGCCGAGCCAAGCGUUGCGUCAUGACCAAGCAUUGGACGGCUUCGUUCCCCCAGCCGCAUCUGAAUCCUCCCACUCAUUAGUCACCACUCCGGCCCUCGAAAACAAUCGAGUGCUCCUACUCGGCAACAACCAGCCCUCUUCCCUCGUACUCGAAACCGCGGUGUCGCAAUCACGCCCAGAGGCUGCCGACAUCUCCCUUGGUACCCGCCUCUACUUUGAAUACUGUCAUCGGCAGCCCAUUUGGUGUUUUGAACGUGAAGAGGUUGGCGAUGUCAACAGUCUUGCUGAUGAGCUUGCGUGCAGCAUCCUGGCCCUUACGGCCCGGUUCGCCAGGAACUCCGCCGGGUUUGAAACAUACGGCCCUAUUGCCAGGAGGAUGAUAAUGGCCCGAAUAGCGGAUGGAAAUGUUGGCUUGUCUACCAUUGAAAGCUUAUGCCUGCUCUCCUAUUCGUCGUUUGUUGACGGCAACGUUCAUGUUGGCCAAUUCCAUCUCGGUCUUGCCCUUCAGUUGUGUCGAUCCGCCAUGUUGGACGUGGACGCCGGAUACGCCGUAGAUGAUGUUGCUGCCGAGCGGAAGAAGAAGGUAUUUUGGAGCUUACAGGUCCUGGAUCAAUACCAUGGCAGGCAGGCGGGUGCCUUGAGCGCGCCCACCGAGGCAUGGCGCCAGUCUGCAUGUACCACGGCCAGCGGGGAUCACAGAAACUUGCUGGACCCAGACGUGAAGUUCCCCCCGCUGCCCACGGACGACUUGGGACACACGAUGCCCAGCGAGCCCGGCAUUUGGAACACGAGCGUCCAGCUUGGCUGGGUGUGGAGUCGCGUGAGGAAGUACGUCUCGGACUGCGCCCAUGGCAUAUUUCGGGAGCCGUGGCGACGAGACUCGACGUACGCCGCGGUCUUGUCCGACUUUAUGGAAGCUGAGAACAGAAUACCCAUGUGCCACCGCUACGACUCGGUCAAGUUUUACGAGCGAAAAGUCGAGGACGUCAAGAUGAACCGAGAUUACUGGGCAACGUGGCUGAAGGAACAGUUCACGUACCACUCCAUACCGACCGUCCUGAACCAUCCGUUCCUCUACAUUGUCGGCGCGCAGCACAACUCCAACUUGGCGAUUCCCAACACGUUUUGGCGGCGGUCGUCGGAGCUGGCUCUCAUACACGCCACGUGGAUCGUUCGCAUGAUAGACAUGGUGCUGGACAAGCAGGUUCCGCUGACUGACCCCUUUUUCGGACACAUUGCCGCCAUUGCGGCAACCGUGCACUUGUACUAUUGCUGUGCCGCGGCUUCCAAACUGAAGCACAAGUCGAAUGCAGACUUUGCCAAGUGCCGCAAGUUUUUGAAGGGAUUUAUCCCGUUUUCAGCCGCAUGCAGGGCACUGGACCGCAAUCUGGACAAAAUGACCAGGAUAGCAGCGGGUUCCGAAACCAACGGCGUAGAAGACUGGAUGCCCUCGAGGAUCUACCUCAGCGUCCCGCUGAUGUGGAGCAUCCUGCAGCUCAACUGCCCAUCCGACGCCGACUCGGGCCAACUCGCCAAGACUGGCCUCUUGGACUCGUCUCUCGCCUUGACGGCGACGCACCAAGAGGAAGAUGAAAUGACCACUCUCGACAUCAUCGUCGCCACCUCGCCGGAAAUCACGGUCAACACGGCAGAUGGCGGACAAGAUGCACCCACCUUGUCGUUCAAGGGCACAGUCAGCUCAUCGCCAGGUUCGUCACGGGAAUCAGCCUACAAUGAGCUGUCUGCAGAGCAAGCCGACAGCCUGACGUUCAACACGACGCCAUGGUUGUAUGCGGAUCCAUGCCAGUUUGACGGCAUGACGGAUCUGGUCUAUCAUGACGAUCGGUCGCGGGUUGGCAGCAGCAGCAUGUCGUGGUGGGAAGUGGCAAACAUGAACGAGGGUUUAAUGGGUCAGCUUUAG